GGCAAGGGAGGUAACUAAUAGUUUAUUUAUUGACCGAGUAUUCCAAAGUUUCUUUUCCUCCAAGUUUUCCCUUUAUUAUCCUAAACAUUAUGCAUACAUUAAGGCCCCCCUGCCGCCCUGUCCAUGUCUUCUAAUCUCACACCACACUAUUCGCUUAUUCGAACCACACACACACCAGUGACCCGUUGGUUUCCUCACUCUUCCAGUCUUUCUUCAUUUGACGUUUCCAGAUGGAAAUCUCUGCUCAACAAACCCAAUGCAACAUUUUCCAUCUUCCCCCAGAAACUCUCGUUCAUAUAUUUUCAUAUUUUGAUUUUAGAGAUUUAAUCAGGUGCUGCAAAGUGUGUAGACGUUUCUACGAUAUUCAUUUUGAUGAUCUGCUAUGGAAAAGAUUUUGCUACCAAAAUUUUCUUGAAGAAACAUGUCCUGAGAAUGUCUCCUGGAGAAGUUUCUUCAAGAAACUCUACAUAAAAGAUGGCAAAUAUCUACCAAUUUAUAAACAAAUCAAGCGAGCUUGGAGAACCAUUGAGAAUUAUAUAGAAACAAAUGUACCUCUCUUGAAAAAUUCCUUGGCUGGUCCAGCUGGAGAGAAGGAACUUGCUGAAGCUGAAGAAUACAUUGGAUGUCCCCUACCGAAAGAUCUAAGAUGCUCCCUGAGCUUUCACAAUGGAGAAUCCCUAACAGAAUAUCUUGGAGUUUUGGGAAUGGUACAAAUAGCUGACCAUGCAGUCUGUGAGAAACUUCUUCCACUAGCUUCCAUAAAGAUGAGUUAUGCGGAACGUGGGAUGCUUCGUGGAUGUUGCCAAAUCACUGAUUGUUCCAGGUCGAAUGUCUGCCAGUAUCUGGUAAUCUCCGAUAAGUGUGACCUGCCAGUCAGCACCAUUUUCUACCACGUCCAUUAUGUACAACGAGGGAAUGUAUUUAUUUCAGCAAACUCCUAUCUACGGUGGCUCACACAAUUUGCAGAGACCUUGCAAAACGGUCGCUUCUCCAUUAUUGACAACAAAAUGUAUCGAUUUUACCAUGAACCUGGUACCGUUGCAGUGACUGAUAACAUGUUCUCUGUAAAAGUCAGCACUUGUUUCCACCCAGAACUUAGCAUGAUAAGCAUGACAAGUCCACCGGAGUUUUUUUUCACAUAUCGCAUCACGAUGUCCAUGUUUGAAGACGCACCAAAAUCUAAAUCAUGUCAGUUAAUCUCUCGGCAUUGGAUUAGCACCGAUGAAAAUGGAAUAGAAGACCGAAUCAGUGGACCAGGUGUUGUAGGUAAAUACCCUAUAAUGAGACCUGGAGUUGAAUUUUCGUGGGUUAGUUGUGUCACCUUCAAUACAACAUAUGGAAAUAUGGUGGGCUUUUUCACAAUGCUCAUCUAUGCAACAGAUGAACUGAUAAGAAUCCAGUGUCCUCGCUUUCACAUGAAGUGCCUCCCGUAUAUCACAGAAGAAGAGAGAAAAAAACGAUUAUGAGCCCUGUUCAUUUCAAAAUUCAAUUUCAUUUCAUUUCAUUAAAUUACUAAAAUCUUUAUAUACUAA